GCGCUCCCGUCCACACGAACCGAGCCAUCCGCCACCCAUAUCCCCGCGCCCGCGCGCCCCGCGGCGUCGCCAUGCCCGCGUCGCCGUUGCCGCCGCCGCAGCCGCCGCCAUGCUCUCGCUCGCCGCCUCCUCCCUCCCCUCCACGCGGACCCACCGCCCGGACGCCGCCUCGCACUCCUCCUCCUCCUCCGUCCGCCUCCUCCGCUCGCUCGCACGGUCCCGCCGCGCGGACCUCGCGCACCGGGCGCUCCUGCUCUUCCGCUCGCUCCAGUCCACCCCGUCCCCGCCGCCGCCGCACGUCUCGCUGCCGGCCGUGCUCUCCGCGGCGGCCUUCCUCUCGGCGCUCCCCGAGGGACGCCAGCUGCACGCGCUCGCCGCCAAGCUCGGACUCGCCCCGUCCCACACCGUCGUCGCCAACUCGCUCCUCCACCUCUACUCCUCCUGCGGCCUCCCGGGCGCCGCGCUCGACCUCUUCCGCCGCAUCCCCGACAGGUCGCUCGUGUCGUGGAACACCGCCGUCGACGCCCUCGUCGGGAACGGCGACCACCUCGCCGCGCUCGACCUCUUCCGGGAGAUGCAGCGGGACACGGAGCUCGCGCCCGACGCGUACACCGUGCAGAGCGUCCUCGGCGCGUGCGCCGGCGCCGGCGCGCUCUCGCUCGGCGUCUACGCGCACGCGUUGCUGCUCAGGGAGCUCGGGGGUGACGGCGACGGCGAGGCGGUGUCCCGCGACAUGCUGAUCAACAACUCGCUGGUGGAUCUGUACGGGAAGUGCGGGGCGCUGGAGCUCGCGCAGCAGGUGUUCGACAGAAUGCCCGCGCGGGACCUCGCGUCUUGGAACGUGAUGAUCCUCACGCUGGCCAACCACGGUCGUGUCUGUGAGUCGGUGGAGCUGUUCGAUCGGAUGACUCAGGUGGAGAAGAUGGCUCCGAAUGCCAUCACGUUCGUCGCGGUGCUCAGCGCGUGCAACCAUGGUGGGCUAGUGGAGGAGGGCAGGAGAUAUUUUGCAAUGAUGGUUGAUCAGUACAGAAUCAAGCCUAGGAUCGAACACUAUGGGUGCAUGGUCGAUCUCUUGGCACGAGCAGGGUUCAUCGAGGAAGCUCUCGAUAUCGUGGCUGGAAUGAACUGUCGGCCCGACGCCAUCAUCUGGAGAAGCCUACUUGAUGCAUGCUGCAAGAAGAAUGCCGGAUUGGAGCUUACUGAGGCCAUGGCCAAGCUAGCACUGGAGGUUCCUGAUGAUGCUGUGAGCGGUGUGUAUGUAUUGCUUUCGAGGGUUUAUGCAUCCGCGCAGCGGUGGAACGAUGUGGGCAUGGUGCGGCGGUUGAUGGUGGAAGAGGGCGUCAAGAAGGAGCCAGGGUUCAGUUCCAUUGAAAUGGAUGGCUUGGUUCAUCAGUUCGUCGCGGGCGAUACUUCGCAUCCACAAUCUGAGGCGAUAUAUGAAAAACUGGAUGAAAUUCAGCUGAAGCUCACAUCUGCUGGAUACAAGCCAGAUUUAUCAGAGGCUCCUUUGGUUGCUAGUAUUGACAAUGCCAAGGGCGCCGCCCUCCGGUUGCACAGCGAGCGUCUGGCCAUAUCGUUUGGUCUGCUCAACGCGACGCCUGGGGCACCUAUCCGGAUUCUGAAGAACCUGAGAGUUUGCAAGGACUGUCACACAAUCAGCAAGCUCAUAUCGAAGCUCUAUGGCGUGGAGAUCAUCGUGAGGGAUCGAAUUCGAUUCCAUCAUUUCAAGGAUGGGUCAUGUUCUUGCAAAGAUUACUGGUGAUCACAUCAUGAGCCAUAACGUCUGAUGCUACCAGUAGAGAUCCCUUUGGUGUGUUAGAAGCGCCUCUUGCCUCCAAGCCAAGGUGAAAUGGGAUGUUCAAUGCUGACUACAGCCUUUCAUAUUUUUUUUCUAGGACAGAUGAACAUUAGCAGAUUGAUUAGAGAAACAGGACAUUGUAUAAUAUAUUCAAUCUCAUUUUCUUCUUGAGCCAUCAAGGUAAAUAUUCUAAUUACUCUGAAUCACGACUGUGUCUAUAUGAACAACUAUGUCUAUAUGAACAACUAUGUUCACUUCAUCUUGCAGAAAAAUCUGAGAUAAAUGACAA